UCUCCUUGCUGUUUGUCAUACGAGCUGAGGAAAGCACUUCUUUGGAAGUGAUGUCUGGACAUAAAUACAAUAUUGAGCUCUCACAAGACUUCAAAAUGUCAGGCAAGAAUGAGCUGUUUAAAGACAAGUGAAGUGAAAGCAGACAGCAUUUGCCAUGGAGGUCAGGCCAGGUCUGUAGUCUGUGCUUGUAGAAACAUAAUGAAAAUUGAUGCUCACUUUCUUGUCUUUCUCCUUUUCUUUUGAGCUCCAAGGCCCUACCUAAUGUUUAAACUUAUUUCUGGCAUGCACAGUACAACUGAAUACUGCAAAAUGUACAAAUUAUCCAGCUGUAUCUCUUCCUUCUCUCUUGGGAGGUUUCAUCAUGGAAAUAGUGAUGGUGCAAGAAAUGUACUUGUGAGUUCCUUCAAAUGUGACUGUGUGUAGCUGGCAUUGUAUCAGUUUCUAAGUGCAAGUGACCUUUUAUAGAGUCAGGAUGCAGGCAACUUCAGCUGGCACAUUUUUCUGCAGAUACAGAAGACUAAAUCAUAUGAAAAGGGACACAUGCUCACAGCACACCAUUCAGUGUGUCUACACAUUUAAUUCUGUUCAGCACCAGGAGAAUAAUGUUAGUAAUAUUUGUGCACAGCAAUGCACUAGGCAUCUUUUUGAAAGGAUUUUUCAAUAAUUAGAAGGAAAUCUCAUUCAAGUCCUAAAACCCUGCUUUCUGAAAUGUCUUUUUCUCUUUUCAUUUAACACCAGUCAGAAUAUAUGGGAGCAUGCUUCAAUAAAGCUGUUGCUGUAAGACAACACAUGUAUCACUAUUAAGGUACAUGUGAUGUGUCUUUAACUUUUAAGAAUUUGCAAAAGUAGCAAGUAGGAGUUUGCAGAUGUCACUGUUGUUAAAUCAGUCUGUAGGUGUCACUGUUUUUGAGCGGCCUUGAUGACCAAACUGUAACAUAAUAACAGAGCUAGAAAGGGAAAGAGCAGUGAUAGGGACGUGUUAAAAGUUUACCAGUCUGAUGUGACUCUCUGUUAGCAGUGAAGAGAUGAUUUUGGAAGAGAGAGAAUGCAUGGUCUCUUGCAUAACCAGAGAAAGAUUUCAGUAUUGCUGGUGAUCGUGGGUCACAUACGAGCCAGAGUGUGAUUUGGGGCUUAUGAUCCAUUGAGUUACAUUAGUAUCACUUGCCUAAUCGUACUGUGGAGUAGUUCUUAAUCUUAGCUUUACAGCUUCUAAUAAAAUGUGUGCAGCUUACUCUUCAUUAACUGUACAAAUUACUCAUAUUAGGUUGUGGCAAUACUUAAAAGUUCUUCAGAACACCUGAAAAUUCUGAUAUCUUCAAUAAGGUCUUGAAAAAAAUCAAUUAGGUAUUUUUUGUUAGAUUCCAUUCCCACAUUUACUCGGUAGUUUUAUUCUUUAAAAGUAAGAAAAGCUUGAGGAAAAAGUCUGAAAUGAAGGAUCAGUCCUCAUACAUCUCAUCUGUCUGUAAUAGAAGUUAACUUUAAUUGGAACUUGCAUGUUUUAUUAAAAUCAAGACAACAGAACAGAUAAUCAAACAUCUCAGUACUUAGAACAAUUUAUGAAAAAGGUCUUGCCAAAUUAGGGUGGAGUUAUUGUGAUGUCUGUUUAAAAAAAAAAAAAAAAAGUGGUUUUUUUUCUGAUAUUCUGUAUCACUGCAAUGUUUAUUUGUAGUCAGAUACUUGGAAGUACUGAAAAGUGGGAAAAGAUGUUGAAAUACAGAUUCACAGCAGUUGAGACUUAGAGUCUUUUUUUUUUUUUCUGAGAAAGAUCAUUUUGCACGUUUUGGAAAGAUGGCAGCAGAAUCUUGCUUGGUUUGAGGUGAAUUUUCAUGUUGCAAUUUGUAACUUUCAGAUUAAAUAAGUUGCAGUGUUUACUUCUACAAGUCUGUCCUUGAGUACUAUCAGGAAGGUAGUACAGAACGUAUUCAGCAAUGAGGACAUUGUGUUAUUCAAAUAGCUGCUGCAGCAGAAGGACAGGAUUUUUAAUACAUUCAUAAUUUGUGCAAUGGAAAAACAAACAUUCUCCAAAACCAGCAUUUUUAGUAAAUUGAAUCUGUUGACACUAAUCCUGUGAAAACUCUUGAUAUUUUGCUGCCUUAUGAGUGAGGAGAGGAUGGUAUGUUGCCUAUAAAGCUUCCCUUUCUGUGUUUUGGAAAAAGUAUAAACUUACAGCAGAUUUUUAUACAUCAACGAGUGUUUAUCUGUUGCUUUCAGUGAAAAAUACUGAAUUUCAGAACUCCUUGGUAGUCCAGUGGUAUGAAUGCUAAUGCAUUAAACACCACAAAAUCCACCUGUACUCUCAGCUGACAGAAUGGCUUUGUAGUUACUUAUCUCCUGUAGUAGCUGAGACUUUCCCUGGGUACUUCUAUUUUGCUGUGUGUGCACAGAAAAACAGCUUUGAUUCGACAUUUUUAUUGUGCUGGCAGUGUCCUCCUUGGUGCAAUGUUUGGUAAAUUACUGUUUUUUCCUUAAAAACUAGUUUCACACCCUAAUUUUGAAUAGUUAACUCUGCCUCAGCAGAAGUUCCAAAGCCCUUCUUUCUGCCAGCUUUUUCCUUGCUUGAGUUAGACUAGUAUGCCCACUUACACUUUCCUAGGGCCUGGCUUCCUGGGUUCUAUGUUUGUUCUGCUAAUUCCACUAUAAACCAUUUCAAGAAAAGGUUGGAAAAACCAGUGAUAUAUCCAAAUAAAAUAGUGUAAAAGAACAUACAAGAUAAAAACAAGCUGGCGAUAAUAUAAAGAAAAUGAUAUAAUAAGUGUCCUAGUUGCAGAAAUUGUUUUGUGUUUUUUUCUUAUUUCAGAUUUAAAAAUGUCUGACCAGAAAAAUAUUAUAUACAGAAUCCAUUGUAUUGAAAAGUUACUCUCUGAGAACAAUUUCCAAGAUAUUGAGGAUCAUCUUAGAGAGCUUGAAGAUGUCAGUAUGACUGUAGAAUAUCUUCAGGAGACUGAAGUUGUCAAGAUUGUAUACAGAGUACUCAAGAGCUGCCCUUCAGCAGAGCUGAAAAAGAAAGCAAAGCAACUGUUAUCAAGAUGGAAAGCACUUUACAAGAACAACCGUCUUCAGUCAGUGCAAGGCAAGAAGUCAGUUUCUGUGUGUGUGGGUGAGGAAUCUGAACAUCUUGGGAUUCCUGGAGAACAGCUGCUGUCUGAAGGCCCUUGUCAGCAGGUGGUAUUAGCUGCUGCCCCUUCUAAAAUGUUGGUCCCACCACAAACCAUUAAAAAAGUGGUAAGUAACAGUGCAGAGGGCAGCAUAGAUCAGCUUUCCCCUUUUGAGGAAGGACGCAUCGAUAAUGAAGGUUCUAAACCUCUUGUGAAUGAAGCAGGCUUGCAGCAGGAUCACAUGAGAGCUCUGAGGUGUAAAUGCACAGAUCUUCUUUAUAAAGCUUUGACUGGUUCUGCCAAAGACUGCCAAGACAAAGAAGAAACUGAUAAAUGGCUAGAGCUGUCUAAAGAAAUUGAAGAACAUGUUUUUGCUCUUCAUUCUAAAAAUGACAAAAAGUAUAAAAAUUGCAUCAGAAGUAAAAUCUCUAACCUGAAGAACCCUAAAAGUUGCAACUUAAAACAUAACCUUUUUUCAGGGACUUUGAGUCCAAAGGCUUUUGCCGAGAUGACAGUGAUGGAAAUGGCCGGUGAUGAACUGAAACAGCUCAGGGCCCUGUACACAGAGUCCUCCAUUCAAGAACAUCAGCUUCCACAAGUUAUUAAUGGCACACAGACAAGCAAAAUAAAGUGUAGGCGCUGUGAAAAAUUUGAUUGCACUGUCACUAUGAUUGCCAGAGGAACUCUCUUUCUUCCAGGCUGGGUGCGCAACACAAAUCCAGAUGAGCAAAUGUUGACCUUUGUUAUUUGUAAUGAAUGUGGAGAACAAUGGUAUCACAGCAGAUGGAUUUGUUUGUAAUGCUCACUCACUUUAAGAAGUCACUCAAAAGCACAGAUAAGAGAAGAUGUCUCUUGAAACCGUGUAGUGUAAAAGCGGAUAUUGACACUAUGUAGACACAAAAAUUGCAAAAGCACUUUUAAAAGUUGCUAAGUUAUUUUUGAAGAUCUACUGAAAUUUGUUUGGUUGAGGUUUUUUUGUUUGUUUUUUAAGUGGUAUGGCUAUGUGUUAAAACAAAACAAAAAAAAAAUAAAGGGUCCUAUUUAGCAAACUUAAUUUUCUUGUAUGACAAGAACACCCAUCUAAUUGAUGAAGGGAAGCCAACUGAUGACAUCUUUUUCAUUUUCAUUGAAGCUUUCAAUACUGUUUCUGACACAAUGCUUCUGAACAAAAUGCCCAGCCUACAGUUAACCAAAAAACAUAAAGUGAUGUGUGAGCAGUUGGCUGAUGGGAUCGGUCCAAAGGGUUAUAGUAAAUUGAGUUACAUCAGGAUGGUAGCUGCUCACUAGUGCAGUUCCCCAGAGCUCCAUUUUAAAUCCAGUUCUCUUCAAUGUUCUCAUAAAUUACUUGUAUGUAGGAGGUGUUUUGAGCAAGUCUGCUGAUGAUACUAAAUUGGGAAGAGCUACUGACUCCGUUGAGGGUGAAGAGGCCUUGCAGAGAGAUCUUGACAAAUUAGAGGACUGGGCAAUCACCAACAAGAGCAAGUGCGGGAUUCUGCACCUGGGAAAGUUCAGAUUGCUGAACUAGAGGCUGGAAAGCAGCCCCAUGGAAAGGGAUCUGGAAGGUUCAGGUUUAUGGCAAGUUGAACAUGAGCCAGCAGUGUGCCCUGACAGCCCAAAGGGCCAACCAUACCCUGGGGUGCGCCAGGCCUGGUACUGCUGGGCAAGGGGAGGGGUUGUUCCGCUCUGCUCUGCGCUGUGCAGCCUCCCCUGCACUGGGUGCAGGGUGCUACAGUGGGUGCUACAAUGUAAGAAGGACAUGAAACUAUUAGAGAGCGUCCAAAGGAAGGCAAUGAAGCUGGUGUAAAGUCUGGAGGGUAAGUUGUAUGAGGAGCGACUGAGGUCUCUUGGUUGGCUCAGCGCAGAGCAGAGGAGCUGAGGGGGGACCUGACAACGGGUGCAGCUCCUCACAGGGAGCAGAGGGGCAGCGCUGAGCUCUGCUCUGUGUGACAGCGACAGGGCCCGAGGGAACGGCGUGGAGCUGCGUCAGGGGAGGGCGGCUGAGGGUCAGGGAAAGGGGCUGCACCACAGGGCGGUGGGCAGGGAACGGGAUGCACAGGACUGUUAAUACUUAUUAAUACUUGCACCCUCAGGAUUGCAAACUGACUAUUUUUAAGUAGUUUUCUGUGGUAAUCCAAUGCAAGCAGGCAUUCUUCCAUUUCCUUCCUUCUCAGUCACAAUCAAACCCAAUAACAGUUUUUAACUGUAUUUGUUACAAAGCUAGACAUUCAAAGAUUAAAAUGUGUAUGCAAAUUUUGUGAAACUCAGUAAUCAUUAAUAGAAUUUCUGUUCCUGCUAGAAAAGCUGGAGUCCUUUGCUUUACCCAGGAGUUACUUGUUCUGUUUAAACUGCUAUAACAUAGAUAGCUGCUAAGUUCUUGAUACUACCUUAAAGCCAGGCACAAAAUAAUUCUGCUUCUGAACUAGAUUGCAAUCUGGGUCAAGGCAGAGGCCUGGAAGUACUGGUGGAAAAGAAAAGAAAACAUUGGAAGGCAGGGAAAAUGAGGAGAGCCUGCUGUAAUUAUGUUAUAUAAAUAUAUAGGAAACGAGGCCUUGCUUAUUGCAGCGUUAGUGGAAAAAUCUUGUCUAGUUUCAGUUUCACACCUAGUUCAUUUUGAUAAAUGUGUGAAAAUCUAGCAUUUAGCAAUUGGAGAAACUGAAUACAAAAUCACAAGUCUUCUUAUUACUUUCUUGAUCAUCUCACACCAUCAAUUAUUUUAACCUAACACAGUUCAUUACCACUUCAUUUUUUUUCCAUCUGUGAUUGUAUCCACUCCUCAUGACUGAAAAGAUUUAGUACAAAACAGGCAUCCUGUGGUGUCAUGUGCUGCAACAUAUCAGUACUCUGCAGACGUGCAAGUGCCAAAUGUGAGUGGCAAUCAUGCAGACAAUCAAUCACUCAGGCGAGUCAUGCAGACUUUGCUCUUAUUUGAAAAGGUGCGGUCUCAGUUUCACUAUGCGAAGUACCGUUCCAGGCUGCAGUCUGUCAAUAGGUUAUGUCGUCUCUACCUGGACUGUGUAAGUGCACAAGCUUAAAAUGUUUGCCUGGAUAAGAUUAUGUGCUUUGGCUCAAAUUGGCUCUGAAGAGUCAACCUGCAACCAGACAUCGUGUGCACCAGCAUGAGAGUAGAGAUUACUGGAAUACAGGGAAUGUCAGGACCCCAAAGCAAGAAUAAAAAGGAAGCUUUGAAAGGUGAAAUUUGUUUAUGUUGUUUUUU